UGAGUCUGCGAUGACUAUUGCUGCUGAUUUAUGUGAAUAUUCUCACUUGCUGUCCCCUCAUCCAUAUGUUUACAUCAACUAUUACAUCGACUAUUUACUUCAACUGGAUCAUAAAAUAUUUAUUAAUAUUUCUUAUUAAUUUAUCAUACAUAACCUCCGUCUUCUUGUUGCUGUUCAUACUAGUCUUCACCCUCACUAGAACUAAUUAAUAAUCACUAGUUACUCUCAUCGCCAUCUUCCCCUGCGGCUCAUCAUUAUCAAACAAUGAACAAAAAUGAAAAAAAUCUCAAAUCCAUCAACCUUCGUCCACCUCAUAUCCAAAUGAACCUCUCUUCUAGAUGACACACCUGCACGACCUCUCACCCUCCUCUUCUCUACUCUUCGGACUCGCCCUCGGCUUCCUCGCAACCACCGCAUCAUCCCACUUCCUCCUCCCUCUAAUAUCACAUCCUCAUGAUCAACCACCCUCCUCCUCUUCCAUCCCAGACAUCAAGAUCGGCGUCGAGGGUCUUAUAGGCAACACCCCCCUCGUCAAAAUCAAAUCCCUCUCCGCCGCAACAGGAUGCACCAUCCUCGCCAAAGCUGAACUGCAAAACCCCGGCGGCAGCGCCAAAGACCGCGUCGCGCUCGCAAUCGUCGAGCGCGCGGAGCAAGAGGGUCUCAUUCGUCCGCACUCCGGAGACGUCGUCUACGAAGGCACCUCCGGCUCGACCGGCAUCUCGCUCGCGAUGAUUUGCAGGGCGAAAGGGUACACCGCGCAUAUCUGCCUGCCGUCUGACACGUCGACCGAGAAAAUCGAUUUGCUCGAGCGAUUGGGCGCCACGGUCGAAAAAGUCCCGCCCGCAGGCAUCGUCGACAAGCGACAGUACGUCAACAUGGCGCGCACGCGGGCCGCAGAGCGUAACGCACUGCCCGGCGGCGGCCGCGGUCUUUUCGCCGAUCAGUUCGAAAAUGAAGCAAACUGGCGCGCGCACUACGAGCACACCGGUCCCGAGAUCUACAGCCAGACCGGCGGAGGCAAGCUCGACGUCUUCAUCACCGGCGCAGGCACCGGCGGCACCAUCUCCGGCGUCUCUCGGUUCCUAAAACCCCGCGUGCCGGGACUGACCGUCGUGCUGGCCGAUCCGCCCGGAAGCGGACUGUUCAACAAAGUCAAGUACGGCGUCAUGUUCGACGUCAAGGAGCGCGAGGGCACGCGGCGGCGGCAUCAGGUCGACACCCUCGUCGAGGGCAUCGGGAUCAAUCGCGUGACGCGCAACUUUGAGAUCGGCAGACCGCUCGUCGACGACGCCGUCCGCGUCACGGACGAAGAAGCACUGGCUAUGGCGCGCUAUCUUGUCGAGCACGACGGUCUGUUUGUCGGAAGCUCGACGGCAGUGAACUGUGUCGCGGCCGCGAGGUACGCAAAGAAGAUCGGCCCGGGUCAUACGAUCGUUACCGUCAUCUGCGAUUCUGGAUCGCGGCAUCUGUCAAAGUUCUGGAAAGCGGCAGGCGAGGUUUCGAGAGAUCAUGAACUCGAGCUAGAUGAGAUCUUGAACAUGUCGAGAUCAUAAUAUUACAACAAUUCACAAUAGAGAAGAAAGAAAAUUAACGCC